UCUUUCUCUCCUAUUCUAACCAACAUGGCCGCUAAGUCGGAUGGAGCAGCGGUGUCUGUGGAGGAUGACAACACGCCCAGGAGCCUCUCGGAGCCGGGGAACCCCGCCGCCCGGCCCCGCUGCAGCGCCACGGGCGGGAAGCCCUACACGCUGCUGGACUGCUGCUGGGUGCUCUGCGCCCUGCUCGUCUUCUUCUCCGACGGCGCCACAGACCUGUGGCUGGCCGCCGACUACUACCUGAGAGGCGACUACUGGUGGUUCGGCUUGACGCUGGUCUUUGUCGUGGUGCCGUCCGCCGUCGUGCAGGUGCUGAGUUUCAGGUGGUUCAUGUAUGACUACACGGAGCACGGCGCCGCGGACGGAUCCGCGAGCGGCAGCGGUGGCUGCGCGGCGGUGGCGGCGGGCGGUUCGGCGACAGCGGGCGACAACGCGUUCAGCACCAAGGACAGCGACCAGCGCGGAGCGAGCGCGGCAGCGGGAAACGCUGCGAAUGUUACCCCGGUGUACACGUCCUCCACCCUCCCUGCCACGGCUGGGAGGGUCGGCACCCCCCGGAGGUGCUGCACCAUCUGCAUGUGGGUGUUUCAAACGGUGCUCCACGUCCUCCAGCUGGGGCAGGUCUGGAGGUACAUCCACGCCCUCUACCUGGGCGCCCAGAGCCGCUGGCACAGCAACGGGCCCCGCCGCCACUUCCACUGGAGGCUGAUGUUCGAGAGCGCUGACAUCACCAUGCUCCGCCUGCUGGAGGCCUUCCUGAAGUCAGCUCCACAGCUUGUUCUGCAGCUGAGCAUCAUGAUCCACGGAAACGGCGUCCUUCCUCUGCAAGGCCUGUCGGCUUCCGCCUCCCUGGUUUCACUGGCCUGGAUGAUCGCCUCCUACCAGAAGGUUCUCCGGGACUCUCGUGACGACAAGCUCCCCAUGUCCUACAAGGCUGUGAUCGCUCAGAUGCUGUGGCACUUCUUCACCAUUGGGGCGAGGACUGUAGCCUUCGCCCUAUUUGCCUCCGUCUUCCAGCUCUACUUUGGCAUUUUCAUCGUCAGCCACUGGUGUGUCAUGACCUUCUGGAUUAUCCAGGGUGAGACAGACUUCUGCAUGUCUAAGUGGGAGGAGAUCAUCUACAACAUGGUCGUGGGUAUCAUCUACAUCUUCUGCUGGUUCAACGUCAAGGAGGGCCCCAGCCGUUUCCGCAUGGCGCUCUACUACUCUGUGACGCUGGCUGAGAAUGUGGCUCUGACAGCUGCCUGGUACACCUACCGUGGCCCGCAAACCACAGACUCAUCCGCCCUGGUGGUGGUUUGUCUGGUGGCCUGCAGCUUUGCCCUCGGGACCUUCUUCAUGUUGGUGUACUACUGUUGGUUGCACCCAGAUGGGCCUGUUUUAGGCUCCCAGUGGGGAGGAUGUGUGGAUGAGGGUGUGGUGGGUGCAGGAGGGGUGGUCGGAGUGAUUGACGCUUGCCUUACUCCAUCCCAAGGUUCCCAAACAGACAUGGUCAUCACCAGUCCUCCAAGGACUCUGCCCAGGACUAAAGACACAGGGGAACCAGUUCCUGGGGAGAGGGAGAGAGACAGGGACAGCUGUCUGCCUGUCUUCCAGGUGAGGCCCUCCCCUUCCGCCUCUCCUGCUCUCCUUCAUAGGAACUCCUCCUUAUCCCGCGCACAGGAGGGGCCUGUAAUUAGGAUUGAUCUACCAAGAAAGCGAUACCCAGCCUGGGAUGCACACUUUAUCGAUCGGCGUCUCCGCAAAACCAUUCUCCUUCUGGAGAACACAUCAGCUGUCAGCCCGCGCAUACAGUACAGGAGUAGCAUGAUGGGCAGCAAAGAAGUAUUAGAAUACGAGACGACUGUUUAGGCCAACUGAGGCUCUCAAACUUCAAAAUGCAGUCUGAGACCAAGGCUUAGACUGGGAUUGGUCCUCUUUGUAGGACUGCCUACACCAGGAGAUGCAUGAAAGGAAGACAGUGCAUCAAUCAGGAGAGGAGUUUGUUAGAAGCUAACUGAAAAAUGUGAUGUGCAAUCUGGGACCAAGAGGGGUUAAGGAGUACGUAGCAAAAUGAGCCAUGGGAAGCUUCAGGAGGAACACUGGACUGUGUUCGUCUCCAUUUGUUUAUAAUGACUUGGAGAAGAGAUUUUCAGUCUCACAGCUGGGACCAACAAGCGCAAGAUUUGCUUUCCUCCAGGAUGGCCACUUCAACAUCUAAGACGUCAUGGAAGAGUUGAAGUCAUGGAGAAUGCAGAGAGAGUCCUCUGCAUGAUUUUAAGCCUCGGAACCCAAAGACACAACAGACUUGUGUAACAUAAUAAAAGAGUUGUUGCUGGUAGAUGCAUGGGAUGUGCAAAUAUUUUGGUUUGUGGAAAAAAGACAAAAAAAAUGGAAACUCGUUGAUAACAAAGUCACAAGGGUGAUUUGUCAAUCAAAGAUGUCAAGGCAUCUUACUUUAGACAAUUUAGUUUGCAAGACAGAAAUUUCUGUAGCUCCAAAUCACAAAUUCAUUGAGGAGUUGACAAGCACAGUGACCUUGAAAGAACAGAUAAAAGAUGAAUGUGCUCUUCAUCCUGCCAUCCCAUAAUGCUUUCUGAAAUUUGGGAAACUCUCACAAACGUGUGGAAGUUGUCCUAUAAGUCUUCAUUUUACUCCAGUCUCAUUGGAUUCAUUGAUUUUUAACGAGGUGUAGGCCCAGAAGGUCUAUAAGAUGUCCACUUGAGAAAAAAUCAUCUGUGUUCCAAAAGCAGCCAGAGAAAAAUUCGCACUUAUGUACCGUAACACCCAACCCAGGAAAGAAAGAAAAAAAAUGGCGAGUUGAUUUCGAGAUGUCAACGUGCGUCUUUUAUGAUGGCCGCCAACAACAUGGAUGCUGUUCCUCUCCACGACCAGAUCUGUUGUGUCUGUUUUAAAUAACUACAGAUGUCAAAUACUGUAUAAGCUCUUAUAAUAAGCAGUAGUUAGGUAAUGAAUGCCUUUUGAGAGACAAAUCGUCAUUUACCCUUAGUAUAAAUAUUGUCCACUGUUUAGAGAACUCACGUAGGACAGAAAGGAAAUUAGGAGUAAUGUUUACCCUGCUGUGAAAGGUUGUUUUUUUUGUCUGGGUUCAUCAGUUGAAAAUUCAAAAGCUGUGAAAAAAGAGGUAAAACACGGCAAAUAUCUGUUUUAAUUCAAAAAGACAUAUAGUAGAUGGCUCCCUAAAAAGUGUCAGAAUGAAUCCUCCACAGCUUUUUUUCAGAUGUUGCUGAGAUUUCAGUUUCCUCCCUGUGGCAGUGAAGGUAUUUAGCAUAAACACUGUCAGCUCCAUAGACUGUAUAUUAUAAGUGGAUGUGGCCACUGAACACGAGUUGUAAAAGCCAAUGAGGAAGUGCCUUAAAGUGCUAUAACAGGAUAAGGUUACCAAGGAUUGGCAUCAAACUGUUUUCUUAACAUGCAAUUGGGGAGAGUUUCUGUUUUUGAAAUACCAACAUUUCUAAAUCACUGAAACAUUUUCUAAAAUUUUAUUGCCAUGAGGUUUUUUUUUAAAAGGAUCCCAAAAAGUUGCAAUAGAAGAAGUAUUUUUUUAUGUUAAACACCAGUUACUGCUUAAAAAAUGAUGUUACAGUGGUUUAAUCCAUUUCUUCUAUGCAGUUUGUGUUUUUGCUACUCUGUGGUGUUUAACCUCUAACCUUUUUUCUAAAUUUUGUCUUUUGAGCAUCCAUUCUUUUCUCCAAUUUGAUCCAACAAUAUUUCUAUGUCUAUCUAUGGUCACUCAUCUUUUUGCCCAGGGAUUGUCUCGUAAAACAUUACUGAAGUUGCCAAAAGAGCGACACAGCAAAUCCCUUUAGCUUCUGUUACAAACACCAACAGUCGACUGAUGGAGAGACCGACUUCACAGGUCAUAGAGUACAAACAGUUCAUUUGAAGACUUAAUUCAUUUUAAUGAUCAGUAGGGGGGCUAAAGAAAGAACAGCUAAAAAAAAAAAACACUCAUGAAAGUUAACAUCUUAGUGUUUCACAACAGGUUUUUUUUUUCUUGAUGCUUUUCUUUGAAGUUUUAAUCAAAGACCUUCUUUUCCCUUAUUAGUCUGCUCAUGUAUUUUCUUUUGGGUUUUUUUUCUCUUAUUUUUAGGGAAUUUGUGGGAAGUAGAGUGGCACAAAUCUACUGCAGUGGACUAAUAAAGGUUCUAGUUUAAAAAAGAAUCAGAGAAAAAUUCUACAAUUAAUGCUAUGCAUGGGGAUCAUAGAAAGUACAUGUUUUACUUUAUUUCAAAAGUACUUUAAUGCUUGAAUACAAAUAAAUGUUUACAGUGGGUGUUGUCAGUCAGUAAAAGUCAAAUUGAGUGGAGACCCUGUGGAAAAUCCUUGGUGUUAAAUCAUCUCAGAAGACUUGAUGUGGACACUCAGUGAUAAUCUUUACAGUCUGAGGCAGUCAAAAUCUCAUGAAUUAAAGCUACACUUUUCCCCCCAAAAUCUUGAUUAAGCGUGAACCCCCAAAAAACGAUGGGUUAUUUAGAAUUCUCAAAAACUUUUUUUUCCUUUGACCUCCACUCUGAGUAAAUGCUGGCUUAGCUUUGUCGUGGAUUUGAACGUUUUAAGCAUCUGAGCCCAACUGUGCUGAAGAACCACGAUUCACCCGUGUGUAACUUCUCUCAGACCUGAUUGCAGGUGUCGUUUUUUCACUCGCACCAAACAAUAGGAGGUGAUUGGCUUUCUAGUUGUCAGUUUACCAUCAACCUUUUGUUAGUGUUUCAUCAGUCAAUAAACAGAAAGAAAUACACCUAGAAUCAAAGUCAUCUUUCUGUGCUAAAAAUCUGUCUCAUAUUUUCUAUUGUUUUAUGUCCUUAGAGCACGUUUUGGCACCAUUUUUGGGUUGUGCUUUUAAGUUAACUGUUUUAGCAAUGGAGAUGUUGGCAGGAAAACACCUUCAACCAUUUAUGCGAUCGACUUGAAUCAAAGACUUUUCAAAUCAGCUUUGCACCAAUAUUCAACAUAUUACUAAAGUGUUUUGACACGUUAGUAAUAAAGUGUUGCAUAUCAGCACAACGCUGCUUUUCUGUGCUUCAGAAUUCACUGGAAUUGCAUUACUUGUCUAAACGAUUGGAAGAGUUAUACUAGUUGAAAGAAUGUCAACACUCCAAUGUUAAAGGGUUAAGCAACUGGCGUUCAACCUCAUCAAUUUAGAGAACAGCGCCCAGAUACAUUUAACAAUCAGAUCAAAUGCAUUGGCUGCCACGAGUCCACUGAACUCUGCUCAGACCAUGGACCUUGUUUGCCCCCAAAUCAUGACACAGAAACUGAAAACCAGACCAAGUGUUUUGUUUAAAGCUUUAGCUUCCCUGAGCAGAGAGAUCGCAGCACCCAACAGACCAGACACACUGGGGCAGAUUAACUGAUAUGUGUGCUCCCCUAGUCUCUGAUUGUCUAUGGCUGGGGAACAUUUUAUAUUUUUUAAAAUAGUAUUUUAAAAAUUGGCCUUCGAAAUAAUCUCUACUAAUACAAUAUAAAGGUUUUUUGAGAUGGUAGAAAUGGGACAUAUAAAUGUUUGGGUUUUUUUCUCUCUUUUGUGAGCAGGUUUCAAAAAUGUGAAAACAAAUAUAUGUCUCAGUCCAAGACAUAAUUUAAAUGUUACUAGAGGGUCGAACUAGCAGUAACAACGCGUUCCUUCAUGCAUUGUAACAAACGAAAGACGCUAAUGUUGGAAGUUACUGGGCGACAAACCACAGCACAAAAACACUCUGCCAAGGCACACUAAAAGUUUAAAAAAUGGUUGAUUCUAGUUGGUUAUGAAUGAAGCACUAAUGUAGAUUUGUAAAUGGAUUUUUUUCAGUUUGAGCAGGUUCUUUCUGCUACUAUCUGGUGCCAAAAGCACCAUGUGGUCAGAGUAUCCAAUGUGCUGUCAACUUUCAUUUUUGCGGAUGAUGCACCUGUACACUCUGUGAUGUUUAGAAGAUAAGCCUGUGAUUUCAAAUGGUUCCAAAAAGCAGCUUAUAUACUUGCAUUGAAGGAAACUAUGGAGAAAAGGCUUCUCUUUCUCUUUGUUAGACAUCUUAUUUUGGCGGACAAGUCCUCCCUAAUAAUCUAAAUUAUUUUCAUCUGUAGAUGUACUUUCAUUUUUAUCUUUACUUUUGGGGAUCACCUUACUUGUCACACCAUGCAAUGCCUUUUUGUUUUGUGCAGGCACCCAGACUGCUGUACUGUAGGAGUUUGUACUCAUUCUUUCCUCAUGUUCAUAGGAUUAAAGCAAGUAUAAGAUGGGUUCUGGCGCUAACUAACUAGCUGUGAGUGAACGCUCAACUGGGGGAGGGGUUUGUCUCUUCGCCAUAAACAAUACUGGUGAUUCUGGACAUUUAUGAAUCCAAGCUGAUAAACAGGGGAUGUUCCUGGUCCGGUUGGGCCAAAGUUGUGAUCCUUGUGAGAGCUUGAGUCAGUGGUAACAUUCACAGAAAUGUUAUGGUGCUGAAAACAAAGACUCUUAUGUCGUGCAUCAUGCCGAUCGUGAUUGGGCAAUGUACAGAUGACUCAUACAUGAAUCAUCCAAUCACUGGCCAAGGGAGGUUUUGUUUUCCCUGAAUAGGUAAUGAAACAGUUCUUUGUUGUUUUUGGGUAAUAAAUAGUUACUAGUGUUGCGCUGGUUAUAUAUCGACUUGAACAAAAGCAGUAAAAGGAUUUUAAAACUCAAAUCAUCUUUUACUAUUGAGGUAUUCAUGUUUAUUUAUUUUUGUAUUUGUUUUAUAUCUAUGUAUUGUUUACUCACUGGGUGGCCAUGUCUUUGGUAUGACUCUUAUAUUAAGAUGUAAAAAGUGAAAAUAGAUUUUUUUUUUUUACUCAUUCUAUAUAUCUGUAAAUAUCAGAGUGAUGCUAAUCUAGAAUGUGCGUGUCCGAGUAUGUGUGCUUUGGUAUGUAAGUAUGUCUUGUAUGUAAAGUAUGUAUGUACUAUAAGGAUGUGCUCUAAGAUUUUUUUGUUUUUUUGUUUUUUUUUUUCAAAAUGCUGCUUAAACAUCCUCUGAAUGAAGGAGCAGAAAAACAAACCAGUGGUUAAAAUAUCUAUGAUGAUGUUAAAAAAAAAUAGAAAAUGAAAAAGCUGUGCUGAUUACUGUAGAUGGGAUAAAAGCUGUAGUAAACAUGGCUGAAUGGCCUUCAAAAUAAA